CUGAUGCACCAGUUGAACCAACUGAUGCUGCUUUUGAACCUACUUCAGCUCCAGUCGAACCAACUGAUGCACCAGUUGAAUUGACUGUCAUUCCUGGUAAAACUGAUGGUAAGACAGUUGAUACUAUGCAGACAACUCAAGGUCCAGUCCAAGCUACUGAUGCACCAGUUAAACCUACUGAAGCGCCACUCGAGCCUACUGAUGCUCCUGUUGAAUCUACUACAGCUCCAGUCGAAUCUACUGAUACUCGCAUUGAACCAACUGAUGCUCCUGUUGACCCUACUGCAGCUCCAGUCGAGGCUACUGAUGCACCAGUGAAGCCUACUAAUUCUCCAGUCAAACCUACUGAUGCUGCUGUUGAACCAACUGAUGCUCCUGUUGAACCUUCUGAAGCUCCAGUCGAGGCUACUGAUGCACCAGUUCAGCAAACUGAUGCUCAAGUGAAACCUACUGAAGCUCCAGUUGAACCAACUGAUGCUGCUGUUGAACCUACAGCAGCACCAGUCGAGCCUACUGAUGCUCCUGUCGAACCUACUGCAGCUCCUGUGGAGCCUACCGAUGCACCCGUUCAACCUACUGACGAAGCAGUUCAGCCUACUGAUACUCCUAUUGAACCUACUGAUGCUCCCAUUGAACCAACUGAUGCUCCUGUUGAACCUACUGAAGCUCCAGUCGAGGCUACUGAUGCACCAGUUCAGCCUACUGAUGCUCCAGUGAAACCUACUGAUGCCCCAGUUGAACCAACUGAUGCUGCUGUUGAACCUACUGCAGCUCCAGUCGAACUUACUGAUGCACCAGGUGAACCUACCGACAAAGCAGUUGAGCCUACUGAUGCUCCUGUUCAACCUACUGAAGCGCCAGUCGAGCCUACUGAUGCUGCUGUCGAACCUACUGCAGCUCCAGUCAAACCUACUGAUGCUCCCAUUGAACCAACUGAUGCUCCAGUUGAACCUACUGCAGCUCCAGUCAAGGCUACUGAUGCACCAACAGUUGAUACUAUGCAGACAACUCAAGGUCCAGUCCAAGCUACUGAUGCACCAGUUAAACCUACUGAAGCGCCACUCGAGCCUACUGAUGCUCCUGUUGAAUCUACUACAGCUCCAGUCGAAUCUACUGAUACUCGCAUUGAACCAACUGAUGCUCCUGUUGACCCUACUGCAGCUCCAGUCGAGGCUACUGAUGCACCAGUUCAGCAAACUGAUGCUCAAGUGAAACCUACUGAAGCUCCAGUUGAACCAACUGAUGCUGCUGUUGAACCUACAGCAGCUCCAGUUGAACCUACUGAUGCACCCGUUCAACCUACCGACAAAGCAGUUAAGCCCACUGAUGCUCCUGUUCAACCUUCUGAAGCACCAGUCGAGCCUACUGAUGCUCCUGUCGAACCUACUGCAGCUCCUGUGGAGCCUACCGAUGCACCCGUUCAACCUACUGACGAAGCAGUUCAGCCUACUGAUACUCCUAUUGAACCUACUGAUGCUCCCAUUGAACCAACUGAUGCUCCUGUUGAACCUACUGAAGCUCCAGUCGAGGCUACUGAUGCACCAGUUCAGCCUACUGAUGCUCCAGUGAAACCUACUGAUGCCCCAGUUGAACCAACUGAUGCUGCUGUUGAACCUACUGCAGCUCCAGUCGAACUUACUGAUGCACCAGGUGAACCUACCGACAAAGCAGUUGAGCCUACUGAUGCUCCUGUUCAACCUACUGAAGCGCCAGUCGAGCCUACUGAUGCUGCUGUCGAACCUACUGCAGCUCCAGUCAAACCUACUGAUGCUCCCAUUGAACCAACUGAUGCUCCAGUUGAACCUACUGCAGCUCCAGUCAAGGCUACUGAUGCACCAGUUAAGCCUACUGAUGCUCCAGUCAAACCUACUGAUGCUGCUGUUGAUCCAACUGAUGCUCCUGUUGAACCUACUGAAGCUCCAGUCGAGGCUACUGAUGCACCAGUUAAGCCUACUGAUGCUCCAGUGAAACCUACUGAUGCCCCAGUUGAACCAACUGAUGCUGCUGUUGAACCUACUGCAGCUCCAGUCGAACCUACUGAUGCACCAGUUGAACCUGCCGACAAAGCAGUUGAGCCUACUGAUGCUCCUGUUCAACCUACUGAAGCGCCAGUCGAGCCUACUGAUGCUCCUGUUGAAUCUACUACAGCUCCAGUCGAAUCUACUGAUACUCGCAUUGAACCAACUGAUGCUCCUGUUGACCCUACUGCAGCUCCAGUCAAGGCUACUGAUGCACCAGUUAAGCCUACUAAUGCUCCAGUCAAACCUACUGAUGCUGCUGUUGAACCAACUGAUGCUCCUGUUGAACCUUCUGAAGCUCCAGUCGAGGCUACUGAGACACCAGUUCAGCAAACUGAUGCUCCAGUGAAACCUACUGAAGCUCCAGUUGAACCAACUGAUGCUUCUGUUGAACCUACUGCAGCUGCAGUCGAACCUACUGAUGCACCCGUUCAACCUACCGACAAAGCAGUUGAGCCCACUGAUGCUCCUGUUCAACCUACUGAAGCACCAGUCGAGCCUUCUGAUGCUCCUGUUGAACCUUCUGCAGCUCCCGUCGAACCUACUGAUGCACCCAUCCAACCUACUGACAAAGCAGUUCAGCCUACUGAUGCUCCUUCUGAAUCUACUGAUGCUCCCAUUGAACCAACUGAUUCUCCUGUUGAACCUACUGAAGCUCCAGUUGAGGCUACUGAUGCACCAGUUAAGCCUACUGAUGCUCCAGUGAGACCUACUAAUGCCCCAGUUGAAGCAACUGAUGCUGCUGUUGAACCUACUGCAGCCCCAGUUGAACCUACUGAUGCACCAGUUCAACCUACCGACAAAGCUCCUGUCAAACCUACUGAUACUGCUGUUGAACCAACUGAUGCUCCUGUUGAACCUACUGCAGCUCCAGUCGAACCUACUGAUGCACCAGUUCAACCUACAGACAAAGCAGUUGUACCUACCGAAGCGCCAGUCGAGCCUACUGAUUCUCCUGUUGAACCUACUGCAGCUCCAGUCGAACCUACUGAUGCUCCCGUUGAAUCAACUGAUGCUGCUGUUGAACCUACUGCAGCCCCAGUUGAACCUACUGAUGCUCCAGUAAAGCCUACUGAUGCUCCAGUAAAGCCUACUGAUGCUCCAGUAAAGCCUACUGAUGUUCCAGUCAAACCUACUGAUGCUCCUGUUGAACCAACAGAUGCUGCUGUUAAACCAACUGCUUCCGUUUAUACCACUGUUGAACCAACCAUGAAGCCAGUUGAGGCUACCGAUGCUCCACUUCAACAAACGGAUGCUCCUGUUCAACCUACUCAACCUACUACAAGGAAGAUUAAGCUGCCCACUAUGCAACCAGCUCCUACCACGUCAACAACUUCUGUAGGGAUCUGCCGGAUUGUAUGCAGUGUAGCCACCGACCCAGGACUAGUUUGCGGAACUGAUGGCAACACCUACCCAUUCAAGUGCGUGUUGGACCUGCUAUCUUGCCUUAUGCCCCAACUGAAACUUGCAGUACUCUACGAGGGUCCAUGCUUUUAAAUGUGAAAAAGAUGCUCAGGGAUUUUUAGUACCAAUUAUAAGUACUGUACAUGUACCUUUUUUAGUGGUUGUAACAGUAAAGUUAAUAUUACCAAGGGUUAGAUUUAAUGUUUUAUUUACUUGAAUAUUUUCAUCACAACAGUAAAAAAACAAUGAAAACAUUUUUAUAUCCCCUAAAGACCUAAGCUUUUGCUAUGUUAAGUGAACCUGCUUUGUAGGUCGGUUUAAUUAAUCAAUCAGUGAAGAAAAAUUCUGAGAAAUUCACAUUUUUACAUUGCUGGAAAUGUCAAAAAUGUAUCUUAUGAGGUCCUAAAAUAUCAGCAUAUGAAAACUCUGUUGGCCAAAAUACUUACACUUUUGCUGCAUUUUUUAUAUAUUAUUGUUUACUAAAAAAAAAAAAAUUGUAACUCUUGCUUGUGUAAAUUAAAAAUAUCAAGAGUGACAUUAA